AUGGAGAAGCAAAUGCUCAAACAGGAAAAACUAAGCUGUUUAACAUUUAAAUCCUCUUUUUCUUAUUGGAACAGUAUUGCUGACAUCAUUGAGCACUAUAGAAAAGAACAGAUUGUUGAAGGAUAUUACCUUAAAGAUCCUGUUCCAAUGCAGCACCAAGAACAAGUGCUUAAUGAUACACUGGAUGGAAAAGAAAUCUACAAUACAGUUCGUCGAAAAACAAAGGAUGCUUUUUAUAAAAAUAUUGUGAAAAAAGGUUAUCUUCUGAAAAAAAGUAAAGGAAAGAGAUGGAAAAACUUGUACUUUAUAUUAGAGGGAAAUGAUGCCCAGCUUAUUUAUUUUGAAAGUGAAAAACGAGCCACAAAACCCAAAGGACUAAUAGACCUUAGUGUGUGUUCCGUCUAUGGAGUACAUGACAGCUUGUUUGGCAGGCCAAACUGUUUUCAGAUAGUAGUUCAGCACUUUAGUGAAGAGCAUUACAUCUUUUACUUUGCAGGCGAAACUCCAGAACAAGCACAGGACUGGAUGAAAGCUCUGCAGAUGUUUUGCAGUUUAAGAAAAACCAGUCCAGGAACAUCAAAUAAACGUCUACGUCAGGUCAGCAGUCUUAUUUUGCAUGUCGAAGAGGCCCAUACGCUCCCAGUAAAGCAUUUUACUAAUCCGUAUUGUAACAUCUACCUGAACAGUGUUCAGGUGGCAAAAACACACAUCAGGGAAGGGCAGAACCCCGUCUGGUCAGAAGAAUUUGUCUUUGAUGAUCUUUCGUCUGAUAUUAAUAGAUUUGAGAUAAGUCUUAGUAACAAAACAAAGAAAAGUAAAGAUCCAGACAUAUUGUUUAUGCGUUGCCAAUUAAGCCGAUUACAGAAAGGCCAUGCAACAGAUGAGUGGUUUCAGCUCAGUUCCCAUGUACCACUAAAGGGUAUUGAGCCAGGAUCUCUGCGUGUUCGAGCACGGUAUUCUAUGGAGAAGAUCAUGCCAGAAGAGGAGUACAGUGAGUUCAAAGAGCUUAUACUCCAGAAAGAACUUCAUGUAGUCUAUGCCUUAUCCCAUGUUUGUGGACAGGACAGAACACUGUUGGCUGGCAUUUUAUUGAAGAUUUUUCUUCAUGAAAAGCUUGAGUCCUUGUUGCUACGGACACUAAAUGACAGGGAGAUAAGCAUGGAAGAUGAAGCCACUACCUUGUUUCGUGCCACCACUUUAGCCAGUACGCUUAUGGAGCAGUAUAUGAAAGCCACAGCAACAAGUUUUGUUCACCACGCACUGAAAGACUCCAUAUUAAAGAUAAUGGAGAGCAAGCAGUCCUGUGAGUUAAAUCCCUCAAAGUUAGAAAAGAAUGAAGAUGUAAACACUAAUCUGGCACAUCUGCUCAGUAUACUUUCAGAAUUGGUGGAGAAAAUAUUCAUGGCUGCAGAGAUCCUGCCUCCAACGUUGAGGUAUAUUUAUGGGUGCCUGCAGAAGUCUGUUCAAAACAAGUGGCCAGCCAAUACCACCAUGAGAACCCGAGUUGUUAGUGGCUUUGUUUUUCUUCGACUGAUUUGUCCUGCUAUCCUGAACCCAAGGAUGUUUAAUAUCAUCUCAGAUUCUCCUUCCCCCACUGCUGCAAGAACGCUGACGCUGGUCGCCAAGUCUGUGCAGAAUUUAGCAAAUCUGGUUGAAUUUGGAGCUAAG